AUGGACGUCGAUUGCGUCUCGCUGCCCGCCGCCGCCGCCGCCGCCGCCGCUGCAGCCACCCGGCCCUGGCCCAAGGCCGCCGCCAACGGCGGCGUCCACGAGCUGCUCGAGUGCCCCGUCUGCACCAACUCCAUGUUCCCGCCGAUCCACCAAUGCCAAAACGGGCAUACGUUGUGUUCCACAUGCAAGGCUAGAGUGCACAACCGUUGCCCUACCUGUAGACAAGAGCUUGGAGAUAUCAGGUGUUUGGCACUGGAGAAAGUAGCGGAGUCACUUGAGCUUCCCUGCAAGUACUACUCUUUGGGGUGCCCAGAAAUCUUCCCAUACUACAGCAAGAUAAAACACGAAGCGCAAUGCAGCUUAAGACCAUACAAUUGCCCCUAUGCUGGUUCUGAAUGUGCCGCAGCUGGUGACAUCCCUUAUCUUGUUUCCCAUUUGAGGGAUGAUCACAAAGUGUUUCACUGCUUCGGGCGGUACUGCUGCCUGCACUUUGAGGCGUUCCAGCUUGGGAUGGCACCUAUAUACAUGGCCUUCCUCCAUUUCAUGGGGGACGAGAAUGAGGCGAAGAACUACAGCUACAGCCUCGAGGUCGGCGCCAACGGGAGGAAUAUGGUCUGGGAGGGCACCCCCAGGAGCGUCCGCGACAGCCACCGGAAGGUGCGGGACAGCCACGACGUCCUCAUCAUCCAGAGGAACAUGGCGCUGUUCUUCUCCGGUGGCAAUCGGAAGGAGCUGAAGCUCAGGAUCACUGGCUGGAUCUGGAAAGAGCAGCAGACCCCAGAUGGCGCCUGUAUUCCCAAUCUGUGUAGCUAA